AUGCAGGUUGUUGAAGACUAUGCUGGAAGAUGGCAGGUUCCUCUGCCUCAGCUUCAGGUGCUUCAGACAGCUCUCUGUUGUUUCACAUCUGCCUGUGUAUCAUUCCCAGCUGAAUGUGAGCACGUACAAUACGUAUUGAGUAGCCUAGCUUUGAGUUUUUUUGAAUUGCUGCUGUUCUUUGGAAAAGAUGAGUUCUAUGAAGAUCCUUUGAAGGAUAUUUUAGGUUCAAUCCAGGAAUGUCAGAACCUUCUAAAUAAAUACAGAAAUAUAAACCUGGAAUUAGUGACUCGAAUAAUUCGAGAUGGUGGACCUUGGGAGGACCCGGUAUUACAAGCAAUUCUUAAAGCAAAGCCUGUAUCACAGGAGUUAGUUAACAAAUAUUUAAGCUCUGAAAAUCCACUGUUCUUUGAACUACGUGCCAGAUACCUUAUUGCCUGUGAACGCAUCCCCGAGGCAAUGGCUCUUAUAAAAUCUUGCAUAAAUCAUCCAGAUAUCAGUAAAGAUCUGUAUUUCCAUCAAGCUCUUUUCACCUGUCUUUACAUGUCACCAUUAGAAGAUCAGCUAUUCCAGGAGGUAUUGUUUGUCAGUAUUUUUUUUAAUGAAGUGAUAGUUGUUAUGCACAGAGUGUCAAAAGGAGCAUAUGGAACUCUUUAUUUUUGUAGAAAGAAAUGUCAUAAAAUCAGCAAUUACACUGGCGUUGCUUAACUUAGAGCUGGUUUAAGCUUCAAGAGGAUAAAUGUAAGUGCCUAGAAAUCUUGUUGACCUAAAUGCCAUUUUUUAGUCAAGUUUACUUAUAUAUAUUCCCUAUUUAUCUUAAGUCACUAACGUUAUGCAACUUCAGUGUAUUGACUGUUAUUUUACAGUUGACUAUUAUUUCAUCAAAACCACUUGAUGAGCAUUCUUGGUCUGGUGUUUUGUGCACUAUACAGCUUUGUUAGCCUUAAAGUUUCUUUAAUGUUGCCCCAAUAUGUGAAAUGACACCCUCUAGUUGAAUGUGGUUGUACUCGUACCACUGAGAGCAUUUUCUGGAAAACAAUGCUUAACUUUU